AUGAAUGACAACCGGACCGCGCUGCACUGGGCCUGCUCGGCGGGACACACGGACGUCGCCGACCUCCUCCUCGGCCUCGGCGUGCCUGUGGGCGACAAGGACGAUGCUGGUUGGACUCCCUUACAUAUUGCCGCUUCGGCAGGCCGUGAUGAAAUUGUGAAAGCCCUCAUUGCCAAGGGCGCUCAUGUAAAUGCUGUCAAUCAGAACGGCUGUACGCCCCUGCAUUAUGCAGCCUCCAAAAAUAAGCAGGAGAUUGCAAUCAUGCUUUUAGAGAACGGAGCCGAUCCGGAUGCAACAGAUCAUUUUGAAUCCACCCCAUUACACAGAGCAGCAGCCAAAGGGAACCUAAAAAUGGUACAGAUCCUUCUGCAGCACAAUGCGUCUGUUGAUAUACAGGACUCUGAAGGGAAUACUCCUCUUCAUUUAGCCUGCGAUGAAGAGAGAGUGGAGGAGGCAAAGCUGCUGGUGUCUCACGGUGCAAGUAUUCACAUUGAGAAUAAAGAAGAACUGACCCCACUGAAAGUGGCAAAAGGUGGCCUAGGAGCCAUACUUAAAAGAAUGGUGGAAGGCUAGUGGGAACUUCUGACUUGAGUCUCUUUCCUGUUGCAUUUGUAUUUAAGACUGCGAACUUCAUAUUUUGAUAGUUCAACUAGGAUAUCAUGUAUCGGCAUCGGCAUGGAUAAUAAAAUUUGUAUCUCUAGCUUUCCUUCCAGUACAGUGCCAAAACAACCGUUUGUGCUUCCUGCUAAUUAAACAGUUCACUGAUUUUAAGGUAUUUUUCACGAUGUUGCAGUUUUCUUUCAGCUUACAGUAUGAUCUGUAUAAAUGCAGUCAUUCCUUCUAUUUCACAGCCUAGUUUAGGAUUAUUUCUUUCAAGCAACAGGACCAAAAAUGCUUUAACCAUUUAAAGUCAGUUUUAGUUUGGAAGCUUAUUCUAGAGUCUUUGUUUUUU